CAGUGUCAUUGCUCUAGCUUGUCUAAAGGUGUUCCAGCAUAUGUUACAGCUGUGCCCGGUCUCCCCUAUACGUGGAGGAGCCAGUUGGAGCGGAGUCUCUGUGGCAGCAGACCGUAGGUUUUCACUUUGAAUUCUGGAUGAACUUCUAACUACAAAUUAUAAACUAUAAACCGGUAGACUAGCUGGAAAGCCGCGGAGGACGCAGAGCAACCUGUCGCUUGGUCAUUUUCUGCAUUUGUUUUUGUGUGUGUUGUGUGUGUGCACGGUCAUUUUCACCAGUGGACUCGAAGUUAAAGAGCGUCUGACACCGCAAAGUGUUCCAUCCUAAGGAUGGAGAAUCUGGACAACAUGGGCGAGGAAGGGAUAGAGUUGGAGGGAUCAGCCACCACAGCAGGCGUUAUAAACACCAGCCUAGAUGGUGCAGUAAACGUCACCAACAUUACCUUUUCCCCCUACUAUCAGCACUCUCUGUAUGUGGCUGCCAGCUACAUCCUGGCCUACUUCUUCAUCUUCCUGUUGUGCAUGAUUGGGAACAUCCUGGUGUGUCUGAUCGUACUGGAAAACCGUCGCAUGCGCACAGUCACCAACCUCUUUAUCUUCAACCUGGCAAUCAGCGACCUGUUGGUGGGCAUCUUCUGCAUCCCUACAACGUUGGUGGACAACCUAAUCACUGGUUGGCCCUUUUCCAACACCGUGUGCAAGAUGAGCGGAUUUGUGCAGGGGGUGUCUGUUUCCGCUUCAGUCUUUACCCUGGUGGCCAUUGCUGUUGAAAGGUUUCGCUGCAUAGUGUACCCUCUACAACCCAAGCCGACUGUGCUUGUUGCCAAGGCAGCCAUCCUGUUAAUCUGGGUGCUAGCGGUGGUGAUUAUGUGUCCUGCUGCUAUGGCACUGACUGUGGAGAAAGUACCUUUCCACUACAUGGUGUGCGACGAUGACUUUAACCACACAUUCCCCCUGUACACCUGCUACGAAAACUUUGCCAACCCUCAGAUGAGAAAGGUCUACACUGCGGUUCUGUUUGCUCACAUCUACCUGGUGCCCCUGACCGUCAUCACACUGAUGUAUGGAAGCAUCGGGGUCAAACUGUGUUCCUCUGUGGUUAGAAACAGAGAGCCACAGCUGGCCAACGCAACAGUCCAGGUUGGAGGUAGAAGGGCUGGUCAGCCAAUGAUAUCCCAGAAAAAGAUCAAGGUGAUUAAGAUGCUCAUCUUGGUGGCUUUGCUUUUCAUGCUGUCCUGGUUGCCACUCUGGACCCUCAUGAUGAUGACAGACUAUGCAGGCUUGGACAGGGACCAGCUGGACCUUCUGACUAGCUACAUCUUCCCCUUUGCCCACUGGCUGGCUUUCUCGAACUCCAGCAUCAACCCCAUCAUCUACGGCUACUACAAUGAGAAUUUUAAGAGGGGCUUCCAGGCGGUGUGCAAGUCUAGGCCCUUCUGCUGCCUCAGGCAGUGCCAGCUGUGGAGGAGGUUAGCCAGGUUGGGCAGGAAGGAAAGGUCUAUGGCAGCACCUUGUGGAGGUACUGAGUUCAGAGAUGCCACUGGAAAUCACAACCACCUUCUCUUGGGGCUGAGAAAUCGAGUCCAUAACGACAACAAGUUGACUGUCACAGCAGAGGUGAAUAGGAGUGCGAGGGUGGCGUGUGAGACGGUUCACUCAGAGAGAAGUCUUUCAGAUCGAGGGAUAGAAAUGAGAGCUGUAAAGAAGAAAGGCAGUAAUGGUGAGGUAUCAGAGAGGGUUAGUUCACUGGCAGCAUCAGUAUAUCAGGCGUGGGAUAACUGAGCAUUCACAAUGCUACUCAGAAAUGAACCAGACAAAGUCCCACGGAAGAGACAGUUAUCAAUUAUCUAAUGCUGCAAGUGCGCUGUGGUUACUAUUUGGAAUGGUGGUUACACAUUGCGACCUUAGAUCUAGGCAGUGCCUCAUCUAAAACAUAAAUAUUUACAUUACUCAUGCUCAGCCAACCAAGGACAGAAAAGAUGACACCGCCGGAGAUGGGUCAUAGUUUUCAAUUGGUCAUUGAAUUAUAAGGAAGUGAAUAGUUCAUGUGACUAUCGUCUUGUCUUAAAUAAUACAUUUUCCUUUUGUUUUUACCUGCACAUCGCCACCAGGCGUCGGAAAAACGUGUGUGUGGCACGUUCAGUUCGGCUACAUCGCUGUGAUAUGGGCUGGAUGCUCAGGUUGCUGCCUAACAGUGUUAGGGUAGUGUGUGGUGUUUCACUGCUGCAGAGGAAAUUAGAAAAUGUUCUAAUUUACGGUAUGAAUGCCACCACAUCAUCUCACUACGAUCCUCCAUCAGCAGAGCGGUCUCGACCCCCAGCUACGUACUUACCUACAUUUACUUACUAUUCACAGUCAUUUGAGAGCGACGCACUCACUGCCCCUGCCUCUCUCUUUCAGUGUGUGUGUCUGUGCGAUCUUGGUAUAAUGGUCGAAUAGGUAAUAGACUAUCAAAUGGUAGACACUGGAAGUGGCAGCAUGGACCUUGGCGUUAUUGUAUUUUUGGACAAUAUUCCCUUACUGUAGAUCAGCUUAACACGUACGCACCCCUACAACUGUACAGACAGCAGACAUGAGCGAUCCAUUAGGCUUUACAUUAGAUUCCAGUAGCUGGUUUUUAACCAUUGAUAGAAGUUGGUCUAGAUACACGUUAGUAUUUUUUUUAAUAAUUUUUUUUUUGCCACUCUAGUUUAAUCAACAGAUGAGCUACACACAUGUGUACUGUUAGCAUGCCAACAUGUUUAACAUACUGAUGUUUAGCUGGUAUGUUUACCCAUGGAUUUAUUACAAGCACCCAAAACAGGACUUAUCUAUCGCCCAACUCUCUUGUCUAAAAAAUGCAGCAAGGCUGAGAGGAGGCAAAGAAUCCGGCUCUUUUAAUACAGACAUGUUUACCAUUCAUCAUCUUAAUUUAGCAUUCAUUCAACAAUCAACAGAUGACUUUCACAAAUGUGUACUGGUAGGCUAAGAACUUCUCGUGCCAAUUUCAUGUUGGGCAAAGUGCAAACUCCAACAUACAGUACAUGACCAAGGUAAGCAAAGCCUGUGGUUACUGCUCUCCUCUCCAUGUCAGGAAAUCGGUUGGCUGAGCAUGUGAAUCCAGAAGUGAUGCAGUUCAGACAGGCUACGUGCUUAAUUUGUUUUCCAGAUCCAGUUUUUUUGUUUGACAGCUCACAUUAUUGCUUAAAUGUGGCUCACAUCAGACUCCAGUGUGAACUGUCCACAGCCUGAAAGUGACGCGCAUGCAAAGAAGAACAACACGACGUCACACGCAGCAGCAUGCUGUUGUACAGAAGUAAACAAGGAGCCACAGAGUUUAGCUCCGGUUAGCCCAGGUUAGUGCCUGCUUGCUAACCCUCCCAAUUUUCAUGGGAGACUCCCAUUUUUCAUUGUCCUCUCACAGGUCACAUUUCUCCCGAAUUAUAACAAGUGCUCACAACUUUCUGUUCUUUUCAUUACAGUUUCUGGCGCUGUAACGCAACUGCCCCACAACUCCAUCCCUCUCUCUGUCUCUCUCUCCACUGUGUCCGCACGGACAAGUAGCAUGCACAUAACUCAGAAGAAAGCUCGCGGCCCGGUGGAUUUUAGGUGUAAGGAAGGGAAUUUGUGAGCAAGG